AAAGGCCUGCCACGUAAAGUCAAUUGCAGAUACUUUGGGCUGCUAAUCAUACGCAAAUAGAAGGAGACUGAAGGAGGAAAGGAGAUUAUGUGAGCUGCUGCGUUAGUCUUCUAACAUCUUGCACUGAAUACUCAUGGUGUGUCUGAAGGACAGAUCCCGUGUGUGUUCUGAAUGUACCAGGUUGUCCUCAUGAGUACUCCAGUGGAGAAUGUCCAUGAUCUUCUUUGCCUGUGUGGUGCGGGUGAGGGAUGGACUUCCCCUCUCAGCCUCCACAGAUUUUCAUUUCAGCCAGGACUUUCUGGAAUGCAGAAAGAGAUUAAAGGCGUUAUCCUCAAUUCUGGCACAGUAUCCAAGUCGAGGCACGGCAAAAGGACGUGUCCUUAGCAUACAUUUCCUUUCUUCUGGGGAUAUUGCCUGCAUGGCAAUCUGUUCCAGCAAUUACUCAACCAUCAUGGCGUUUUGCUUCCUGGAAGAGCUUCAGUGGGAAUUUGCUGCUUCCUACGAUACAACAAGCAUCAGUUUAGCUUCCAGACCGUAUGCUUUUCUUGAAUUUGAUAACAUUAUUCAGAAAGUGAAAUGCCAUUUUAACUGUGUGAGUGGCUCUCACAUGAAGGCCAGCUGGGAGAAGAUUAAGGAGGAGCUGAAGUUCCGGCCCCCGGUUCAGCUGAAACUAGAAGAUGCAGAGCUGAUGAAUGGGAUGACCAAUGGUGGGCACGCAGGCGUUCAUGUGGAGGUUG